AUGUUAGAAUCACGUAAUAGUGAGUUCCAUCUCAUUGAGAUACGUAAGCAGGAGCUUGAAGAAGAGAUAGCUACUGCUCGCGAAUUGUCUGCAAUGCAUGAUCGUCUCAAAGCCGAAUUGGAGGAUACGCGUAAACAACGCGAUGAAGUCGAAUGUUUGGUGGCCUCAUUAACGGAGCGUGCUGAAAGAGCUGAAAAAGCGUUAAAAGAAGAUCGUGCCCUUUUGAUGGAGGAGCGUUCCAGUCUUGAAAAAUCAGUGGAAGAGCGGAAGGAGAAAGAUGCCUUGAUUUCCUUCUCAUCUGAAAGCGAAUUCGCGAACAAAGUAAAUGCACAUGGAAACAUGGCUUCAGUUUCGGAAUUGAGUGCACAAACUGCCGGUGAGAUGUGCACGAGCGAUGAAAUUCAGCAACUCCGAUCUGAAAUUGCUUACCUGAAUGAAAUGAAUACUGAACUGACAGCAAAAAUCAAUCACCUCGAGGAAGAAAACAACACAGUAAAGUUCACGAGGGAUGAGGCUCAACGAUUGCUCAGUGAACUGAAGACAGCCGGUGAAACGGUGCAGGGAAAGUUGGAGGUACCAGCCAGAGUUGGCGGAUCCGGAGACGAGCCUCUCGGCGUCUCCAUGAGUGCUGGAGAUGUUCAGCUGGAGAACAUUCGUUUGAAUGAGGAGUUGAAGAGAAACGUAGAAGAGAUCAUAGUUGUACGGAACCACCGAGCUGCUCUAGAGAAGGAACUUCUCGAGUUAAAAUCUCAGUUAGCUGAGCGGCAGUCGAAGGCUGACAAUGCAGAAGUUUUCGUACCUUUGCAGGACGAGGACAUAACUGAAGCUUGUGGAGAUAAGGUGGUGAGUACAUCCAUAACAAUCCAUUAUCGGUCCUUUGGUACUGUGCUACUCGUUUUUAUGCUGUCUCGAUCGGACGACUCUCACCAUCGUAUUUCUCAGUUGGAAGAAGAGCUUCAAGUGCAACUGAAAGAAGUCGAUUGCCUAUCUCAAGCUGCAGCUAGCGAACGCCGUCGUGCUGAAAAG